AUGGGGCCGCGCCGGGCGCUGCUGGCGGCGCUGCUGGCGGCGCUGCGUUCCCAGGUGCUUUCGCAGAUCACAGUUCCGCAGAGGUUGCCCUCAAACACCACCGGAGAUGCGGACACAGUGUCCUACGUCAUCACGAUAGAGGGGAGGCCGUAUACCGUCCACCUGAAGCGGCAUCUCUUUUUGUCUGAUGACUUGAGGAUUUACACAUACAAUGAGAAGGGAUAUUUGGACUCUGAUUCCUCCCAUGUGAAGGAUGAUUGCUACUACCGUGGGUACAUUGAAGGCUUCCCAAACUCAGCAGUGACUCUCAGUACCUGCUCCGGGCUCAGAGGCCUGCUGCAGUUUGAGAACGUGAGCUAUGGGAUUGAGCCUCUAAUUUAUUCACCUGCGUUUGAGCACUUUGUUUAUCAGAUGAGUAAUGAGAACACAGCGGGUUUCCUCUUUGCAAAUGUCCACACUGACGGAGGGAAAGACAAGUUGACAGCAGAGGACAUGAUUUUAAAGAUCAGAGAUCAUGAACAAGUAUCACCUGCAGCAAAGUCUCCCAGAUAUGUAGAAGUGUAUGUCAUUUUGGACAAGGCUUUGUACGACUAUAUGGGCUCAGACAGGAAUGUUGUAACACAGAGGAUAAUCCAGGUUUUUGGUUUUGUCAACAGCAUGUUUAAUCCUCUUAAUGUAACGAUUGUGCUGUCCUCCCUGGAGUUCUGGAUAGAUGAAAAUAAAAUUCCAACAACAGGGGAAGCAGAUGAUAUUCUACAGCAAUUUUUACAGUGGAAGCAGUCGUACCUUGUUCUGCGGCCAUAUGACAUAGCUUAUUUAUUUGUUUAUAGGGCUCGACCAACAUACGUAGGCGCCACGAUCCCAGGGCAGGCAUGUCAGCGAGAGACUGCUGGCGGAGUGGCCGUGUACCAGAAGGCUGUGACCCUGGAGUCAUUUUCCAUCAUCCUGGCGCAGCUGCUGGGGCUGAGCCUGGGAAUGACCUAUGACAGGUCCAGAGACUGCUGGUGUCCCGGCUCCGUUUGUAUAAUGAACGCUAAUGCACUCCAUUUCAGUGGGGUAAAAGCCUUUAGUAACUGCAGCAUUGGAGACUUUGAAAACUUUCUGAAGCAAAACAGAGGAGACUGCCUUUUCAAUAGACCCCAUUUGAGUAGACCGUCGUACAGGAGAGCUGCAGUCUGUGGCAAUGGUGUUGUGGAACAUGGAGAGCAGUGUGACUGUGGGUCAGUAGAGGAUUGUCUGACAGAUAAAUGCUGUACUACAGAUUGUCAGUUUAAGCCUGGAGUGAAAUGUUCCUCUGGAUUAUGUUGUGAUAGCUGUCAGUUUAAACAGAAGAACACCAAGUGCCGGCCCCCUGCUGAUGUGCAGUGUGAUCUCGCAGAGUACUGCAACGGGACCUCUGCGUCCUGUCCUCCAGACUAUUAUAUUCAGGACGGGUAUAGAUGUGAGCACGGCACUGGUUACUGCUACAAAGGACGCUGCCGGUCUCCUGACCUGCAGUGCCAGAGAAUCUAUGGGAAAGGUUCAAAAAAUGCUCCUGUGGUAUGCUAUGAGGAGGUCAAUAGUCAACGGGAUAGAUUUGGACACUGUGGUUUGAAUCCCCGGCAAACCUAUAGAGUCUGUACUUGGAGGAAUCUCAGAUGUGGAAAGUUAGUCUGCACGUAUCCGUAUCGUGUUCCACUUGCAACUACUAUUGCUGCUGUUAUUUAUGCUCAAGUACGAGAACAUUUAUGUGUAUCUUUGGAUUAUGUGAAUGUAUCUGCAAGGCUGAGUCCUCUUCUAGCUGAACCAGGUACAAAGUGUGGUUCUGGAAAGGUUUGUAUAAACAACACUUGCCAUCCACAUUCGGUCCUGGGAUAUGAUUGCAACAGUGAAGUAAAAUGUCAUGGACACGGAGUGUGUAAUAAUAAAAAAAAUUGCCACUGUGAUCCUGGCUGGAAACCUCCAGACUGCAGUGUUGAGGGAUCUUCUUUAGGAGGCAGUGUUGACAGCGGGCUCCAGAUGACGGAUGUUGGCUUCUCCUUGCGACGAGCCCUGGAGGACACCGCGCAGACCUGGCUGCUGCUGGGCUUCUCCCUCCUCCUGCCCACCCUUGCCGGGGGCACCAUCCUCGUCCUCAAGUGGAAGGAGCUCGGCCGACUCUGCAGGCUGGAGCGGCUGCCUGCGGAUGGGGCUGAGAUGAUCCCCAAGGCUGUGGUGAUCCGCGGGGCUGAAGGAUCACUGUGGUGGUCCCUGGGGCUGAGGUGA